AUGAGCGAGAAAAGAAUUACAACGUCUAAACGGAAUAGCUCACUGUCACAUCUAAGCUUGACUGAAAAUGACGGAGCAACGGCUAUCGGAUGUGGAAGAUUGUUCCGGGCAGAUUAUCUGAGCACUCGAGGAAAAUGGAUUCAUUUAGGGAAACUCUUGACAGUCGUGUUUAUCCCUAUAUUGGGAGGUUGGACCUUCACAUUGUACUCACUUGCAGAUAACAUUGUGGAAAAAGAUACAACUGUUGAGGCUCAAACGUUGAUGUUGAGGGCGAUCAGUUUGGGAAGACUAAUAUACACGAUCCAGAAAGAACGGGAUAUGAGCAUUUUAUACAUUAGUAGAAUAGGACCAAGUACAAAAGCAUUUCUGAUUGACGAAUACGACAAGACUGACAAAUCAUUCGCCGAAAUGUGGAGCUGGCCUUUAGAAUUCACAGUCCAUGAAAAGAAACAUUUCAGAUCCAAACAAAUGCUUAUAAACCAUAUAAAUAGCCAAAGGAAUAAACUUGACCCAAAUUCACCAGAUGUAUAUGGAGAGAUCAAGUUUUACAGCGAAAUUGUUGAAUUCUUUAUGGAUUGGAUGAUUGAGCGAAUUCGAGAAAGCGGCUUUGGGAACAUAUGGAAAUCACUUGUUGUUUUUCAGAAAAUUACACGGUGUAUGUUGGACACAGGGGCAGAACGAGCUUAUGGGGCCAUGUUCUUUGCUCAAGGAAAUUUCCCCGACAUUGAUUUAUACGAUAACUACUUCCGGCGGAUAUUUCGUUUCAACUACAACUACAAAAGUGCAACAUUUCUAUCCGACCUUGUUGAUCCAUUAUUUGAAGCGAAAACAGAUCAAAGAAGUUAUACAAUUGCAAUACGUAGACUUCGUACAGAAAUAAAGAACAGCAACUUCUCUGGAAAUUAUGUCAGCAAGGAAAAGGCAGAGUUUUAUUUCGACAAUUCAACAUUUAGAGUCGAUUAUUUAUACAUAUUACAGGAAGCGGUUGCUAUGCGCGUUAUUCGGCGUAUAAAUUCGACAGUGGACGGAUACACUGAAAACAUCAUCAUAUACAGCGUCACAGCUUCGUUGGUGAUUAUAGCGUGCCCAUUUAUCAUGUCCUUCUCGGAGCAAUUGACAAGCAACAUGCAGGAGUACUCGAAGAUCCUGGUAAAGGCGUCUGAUGAACUUAACAAAGAACGUUCUAAAACAGAUUCCCUUCUUUAUCAGAUGUUACCCCGACCGAUUGCAGAUAGGUUAAAACGGAAGAGUGCUGUAGAAUCUGAAUUCUUCAAAUCCGCCACUGUAAUGUUCACCAGCGUGGUAGAUUUUAUUCAGCUGAGUAUUGAAUAUUCUCCUAUGGAGCUAAUUGACCUCCUUAAUAUUCUUUAUUCCUCUAUCGAUGACAAAAUCGAGAUGUAUGACGUGUACAAGGUGGAGACAAUAAAUGACACGUACAUGGUUGUAUCAGGGGUGCCUACACCAAACGGUAACAGACACGCUUCAGAAAUCACCUACCUUGCCUUGGAUAUAGUGUCAUCAGUGAAGUAUAAGACACUCGUAUCCGUGAACACCAAGCAUCCACUGCAUUUAUUGAUUGGUAUAAGUACAGGUUCAGUGUCAGCUGGAGUGGUUGGAAAUGUGAUGCUAAGAUACUGUUUGUUCGGAGACACCGUGAAUACUGCGUCGAGAAUGAAGUCUAAUGGGCAUCCCGACAAAAUCCACAUCAGCGAAUCAACUUUCAGGAACCUCAGCAAGACAGGAGCGUUUACUUUGUUGCCUAGGGGUAAAAUUGUCGUCAAAGGCAAAGGAGAGAUGAAUACAUACUGGGUAAUUGACUCUACUCGUAGACGACAAGAAUCUACAGUCGACCAGAAUCUUCCUGGUGAAGUAGACAUCCUACCUGAUACUAGUUCCACAGACUUAGGAGGCAAGGCUCAGAGUACAAGCCGAGACCCACGGUUUGAUCGUUUGAUGAAAAAGAACUCGACAACUGUAAAUCAAUUUGCUAUGAAAAAAGUGUCUGUGUCGUCACCAAAGAGAAGUGUCACUUCUGACUUAGGUGGAGAAUGGAACCAGUUCUAAUUAGCACAGUCUGACUAUAUACAUAAUCAAAUGUAUCAGUAGUUAAAAAGAAAAUUAUUGUGUUUUGUAUCAAAACUUCAUUAUUUUUAUGGUGAACUCUGAUUAAGCCGUAGCUAGAGGGCGUGAAUUGUAACUUGCACUUUUCAUUACCGUCCAGAAACAGGUUCAAUCAAACCGAGUCUGCAACAAUUUGUCGUUUUAGGCAUUCUUUAAGAUUCCGGUUUUUUAGUUGUUGUAUGUUUAAUUCAGAAUAUUGAAAAAUUGAAUUAUUUACCUAAAAGGACCAGUCCUAAUAAUAAGGAUGUGUUGGUACCUUUCAUUGAAUCAAAAUGCCUGAGCAAAAUUGUCAAAUAGGAAUCAUGUACGUAAAAUGUUUUCUUGUUUGUUUAAUUUCAAAAUACAUUUAGUCAAAAGAAGCACAACGUGCUCCUGGUGAGCUUUUAGAACAUUCUCAGUCCGUCGUCCAUGGUCGUGCAUAGUGCACUGUGUCGUCAAACAUUUCUUAAAGAAAGCAACAUCUCCACUAAAGCCAACAGGAAUGAUCCUUUCGUGGCCCUUUCUCCUUGUCUGAAAUUACAAGACCACAUAAUAGUUAUAUGGAAGAUCAUUUAUCGAUCCUCUUACAAAGUUGUUUAAAUUAUUGCAUCUGGUGGGUAUAUCCUUGGAUGCAUAUAGUAAAAAAAAUUCCUCUCCUCUGAAAUUACAAAAGUUAGAGCUAUGCUAUUUGGCACGAAACACGAAAUUUUCUUUUCAAAGUUGUUCAAAUUAUGUCCCCGCUGUAAAGGACAUGGAUUUUGUUUUAUAUAUUUAUAGUAUUAAAUACUUCACUUCUCUUCUGCAAUGACAAAGUCUAAAGGUAAGAUAUUUGACAUGAAACAAUGUGUAGUGCACCUUCACCAAGUUCCUUCAAAUUAUAGACAUUUGAUUAGUCCAAUCUCGGGCUCAAAGAUUGCAAUUAUGUACAUAUAUAUGUAUAUCAAAAUCGUAUAGGAAAAGUAUUCUCUGAAACUUAAAAGGCAAGAUCAAAUUAAUUUUUCACAACACAUGGUUAACCUGUAGAAAGAUUUUCAAAUUAUGUCACUAGGAUAGAAAUAAGCCCCGUUUUGCUGGUCAUGAGUAUUCUUUUAUAGAUAACACAGAAACUAAAAAAGAAUUUUUCUCUAAAACCAGAAAGCUAGAGCUUAGAUAUUUGACAGGAAACAUUGUCUGGUAGAUUGUUAGCAUGAUUAUUUAAAGUAAAGUUUUUUGGUCUAAAUUGGCCAGAGGACUCAGCGAUCUUAUAUUUUCCUAUUUGAUAUACAGCCUUAAAAUGUAGAAUGAAAUUAAACUAGAUAUGGGCUGGCCUAGAUUUUGACCUAGUGACCAACUUAUUGUUUGAUGUUCAGCUGUGAAACUUGGAUCAUGUGAACAGUGUCAGAUGUAAAAUUGAGAAAAGAUUGGUCUAAUGUCCUCAUUCCUUGUAUUUUGAUGUACAGCUAUGUAAUUAUAACCAUGGAUAUAGUCAUAUAUUUUGCAUGAAGCAUUGUCUACUGACUAAUAUGGUAAGUAGAUUCUUUUAAUAAUCACACAUGUUUUCACUGCUUUUACACAAAUUGUAAUCUGUCCUCAGGUAAGCGUUUUUGGUCCCAUUGACCACCUUGUCUUUGCUUUUCAUAUAUUGUCAAGUAAUUGGUAAAUAAAGUAGCUUCUUUUUCGCUUUGUGUCUUUAUUAGUAAAAUAUAUAAAAUGCCAAUACCACAAGAGUAACGUUUCAUUUAGUAAUUUCCUGUCAGUUAUUUGUCACAUUAGCGUUGUUUGCCACAUUAGCGUUCGUUUUGUGGUUUGUAAAUGUAAUUUCCUGCUAGGUCGUUGGUUAUACUUGCGUCUGAUCCUUUCUUCCGGUAAUUUUGAACGUAUUAAGAAAGAUCAAUUUGGAUGAGUUAAAUUUCAAUCAAACCAAAUGCAUCUCUAAAGAGCAUCUUAUAUCAGCUUUAUAACAAAGAAAUUAAUCGACUGCUACAUAUUGAAAAUACUCAGCAUAUUUCAUUGAUUCCUAUGUAAAACAUUGUCUUCAGCAUUCGGCUUUUGAAAAUAAAAUGCAUGUAUAACAAAUACAUAACACACUUUAAUCUUAAAUGACCCUGACCCUUGAAUUUUUCACGAAUAUAUCCAGACUUCUAAUGAACAAUACAUUCGUAGUCUGAAAAGUGAUUUUGAGUCCACUGGCCACAGUGACCACGACAAUAUCAACGAUUUUCUGAUAUUUCGAAGCAUUAUCGGCAUACCCCUAAUACAUGAAGUACUUUAAAUUCCUCAGGACUAUUUAAUGCUAGACUGAUAUAUUCGGAUAUUUCAAAGUUUUUCAGACUUUUUCCUGCAAAUUAAAUUUGAGAAUUUGUACCUUGAUAUUUUCCCCAAGCUUUCUUAUUCGCGAUAGCUGAAACCAUUAUACAAUGCAAUGCAUAUUAAGAUCGAUAUCACAAGGUCCAUGUAUUCAUGUUAUUAAAAAUGAAAUGAUGAUUAUACUGACUUC